UGGCGGUGCUCGGAGCGAGCCGCUGCCGGGCCACCUCGGCCGCCCUCGGCGCCGCGGAGCGGACUCGGCGAGCAGGGGCGCCCGCCCGCGAGGCUGCCGGCUUUCCGAGCGCGAAUUGCCCCGGAGGAGCGGGCAGCGAUCCGCGAGACGCGGCGCGUCCGCCGAGCCCGGCAUGGCGUCUGCAAGGCAAGUGCUUUGUCUCUGUGCUUUUCUGUGCGUGCCGCAGGCUCGCUCCGAGCCCGUUCGCUACUCCGUCGCCGAGGAGAGGGAGAGCGGCUCCCUGGUGGCUCAUGUCGCCAAGGACGUGGGGCUGGACGUGGCGCAGCUGCGGGCUCGCGAGGCCCGCCUUGUUUCGGAGGACAGCCGGCAGUAUUUUCGCUUAGACCCCCGCACCGGCCGCCUGGCAGUUAGGGAGAGGAUCGAUCGGGAGGAGAUCUGCGGCCAGGCCGUCACGUGCACCGUCCCCUUUGAGUUACUGCUGGCCAACCCGCUGCAGUUCUUUCGCAUCGAAGUGGCCGUAGAGGAUAUCAAUGACCACGCGCCAGUUUUCCCGGAGGAACAAGUGACUUUUAAGAUCCCGGAAACGAGCGAUCCGGGGUCCCGUUUCCCGCUGGAGGGGGCUCGGGACCUAGAUGUUGGCAGCAACAGCCUGCAGGCCUACAGCAUCGCUCCCGAGAACGAGCAUUUCAGCGUCUCUUUACGCAGUCUCAGUGAAGGCAGCAGGUCGGUCGAAUUAGUCCUGGAAAAGGCGCUGGACAGAGAGGAGCAAGAGGAGAUUGCUUUCAGCCUGAUUGCCACGGACGGGGGCUCUCCGCCCCGCAGCGGGACGGCCCAGGUCCGCAUCCUUGUCCUAGACGCAAAUGACAACGCUCCCGUCUUCACGCAGGAGCUGUACAGAGGACAGAUUUUGGAAAAUGCCCCGGAGGACUCGGUGGUUCUCCGUGUGGUCGCAACUGACGCGGAUGCGGGGGUUAACGGGGAGAUAUCAUACUCGUUCAGUCAAGCGGUGGGGCACAGCCCCUCGGCAUUCAAGAUCGACCCGCUGAGUGGUGAAAUUCGUGUCAGCCAGCCUCUGGAUUUCGAAGCGGCGGAGAAACACGAGCUCAGCGUGCGCGCCACUGACGGCGGGGGUCUCUCCGCGCUCUGCAGGGUGGUGGUGGAGGUGGCGGAUGUGAACGACAACGCGCCGGAGCUAGUGGUGAGUUCCUUCAGCAGCCCCCUGGCCGAGAGCGCCUUGCCCGGGACGGUGGUGGGCCUCUUUGUCGUUAAGGACCGGGACGCCGGGGACAACGGGAAGGUCGUCUGUUCGCUGCAGGAGCAGCCGGCUUUCUCGCUGAGGCCCGCCUACAAGAAUUACUACGAGCUGGUGACAGCGAGCGCCCUGGACCGGGAGGAGACGGCGCAGUACGUCCUCGCCGUCACGGCGGCCGACGCGGGGUCCCCGCCCCUCACGACCACGCAGACCUUCACGGUGGACAUCUCCGACGUCAACGACAACGGGCCCGUCUUCAACCAGACGUCGUACACCAUGUACGUGCGUGAGAACAACGAGCCGUCCGCGCUCGUCGGGGCCGUCCAGGCCGCGGACCGGGACGUGGGGCCCAACGCCAAGGUGACCUAUUCGCUGGCGCCGGGCCGCCCCGCGGAGCGGGGCCCGCGCUCCUACGUCUCCGUGAACUCCGAGAACGGGAACGUGUUUGUGCUGCGGCCGCUGGACUACGAGCAGCUGAGGCAGCUGGAGGUGGUGGUGAGCGCCGCCGACUCGGGCUCGCCGCCCCUCAGCGCCAACGUCACCGUCCGCGUCCUGGUGGUGGACGAAAACGACAACGCGCCCGUGGUCCUGCACCCGGCGCAGGACAGCUCGCCGCCGUCCAGCGAGCUGGUGCCCACGUCGGCCGAGGCGGGCUACCUCGUCACCAAAGUGGUGGCCGUCGACGCCGACUCGGGGCAGAACGCGUGGCUUUCGUACCACCUGCUCAAGGCAACGGACCCCGGGCUCUUCGCCGUGGGGACCCAAAGCGGGGAGGUGCGGCUGAGGAGGCCGCUGACGGAGAGGGACGCCGUGAAGCAGAAGCUGGUCGUCCUGGUGCGGGACAACGGGCGGCCGCCGCUGUCCGCCACCGCGGCGCUGGGCGCGCUGCUGCUCGAUGGCUUCUCGGACGCGCACAUGCCGCGCAGCGGCCUGGCCGCGGAGGACGAGGGCGGCUCCCUGACGCUUUAUUUAAUCCUCUCGCUGGCCUUCGUCUCGAUCCUCUUCCUCGCUUCGGCCGCAGCCUUCGUCGCUUGCAAGGUGUGCAAGAGGAAGGCGCUGAAAGAGGGCCCCGUGCUUUACGGCCCCGGCGACUUCCAGAGCAGCCUGGCCGACGCAGCCGGCACGGCGACUCUGCCGCACGCCUACUGCUACGAGGUCAGCCUCACAACGGGCUCGGGCAGCAGCGAGUUCAAGUUCCUGAAGCCGGUCCUCGCCGGCCUGCCGCCGCAGCGCUGCGGCACGGCCGCGGGCGCGGCCGGCGAAGAGGAUCUCGCCGGGGACUUCCCCCCCGCCGGGGACCCGCGUCCGCAGAGCCAUGGGACGCUGCCGGCGGGACCGUUCAGCAGGCUGGCCUUCGAGUAGCGCCACGGGAGCAAAUCAACGGCUUGAUGCCUCCCUCCCCAAACGGCGUGCAAUGCCCUCACUUGGCUGACCGUGGAUUUGCUGCCGCCACCAGCCCCACCAGGAAAAAAAAAAAAAAAAAAAAGAAAAGAAAGAAAGAAAGAAAGAAAGAAAAAAGAAAGAAAAAGAAACUAAAAGUUGUCUUCCUCAAUUUGUUCCUAAUUAUUUAAUUGUUUUCCUUUCUUCUGUGGUCGUUUCUGAAGUGCUUGCGGGGCAGAAUUAAUUCUGGAGUGUCCCAUUCAGCCCUUGAUGACUCUUGGAAGUCCUCACAUCCAUCCCUUUUGAAUCGCCCUCUUCCACCUUAUCAGUCGGUAGAGGUAGUUUUGUGCGGGUGCAGAUGACUCAGCUUGUCGGGGGAGAUUAAUAAAACGCCCAGCCAGGUCUCCCUCGUACCCGAAAUUGGUGAGUGUGGGCGGGGAGGGAGGGAGGCGAUGUCCUGGAAGUCGCUUCGGAGAGAUAGCAGGAUUCGUGAUGCCGGGAUAGACUGUAACAAUACCAAACCGUGCAAAGGGUUUAAAUCUGAGCGGAUGGUUGUAGAGAAACUGCGCGUGUCUCUUCAGGGCUUUCCUCUGAAGUUAGAACUGACGUGAAGGGCCGAUGCUGUAUUCAUCGUCGCAAGCUCUGCAAUCUCCCCCCCAACCCCACACACACACACGCCCCCUAAUUUUCCUUUCUGUAUGCUAACUCUCUGUUAUCGGUGUUUUCCGCAUGCUCUGAACACUGGGGCUGCCACUCGCAAUGUAUGAAUGCCUUGUGUGAGCGAUGACUGUGGAGCACUAAGUGUUCUGAAACCCUGGCGUUGCAUGCAAUUGGCGUUACAAAGUGGAAAAGUGUAAGCGUCCUUUGGUAAUAGAAAACAAUAAAAAUAUAAACAUAAUUAAAAAA